AUGGGUUUAUCUUUUCCAUCAGGAGAUGUAGGAAGUCUGUAUAGCAGCCUAAGGAGACGUAUAGAGCAAAAGAAGAGGCAGGGCGCAAUGUACAAAGAUUUCAUAAGGAAGAUCUAUGAUUUGGAAGAUGAACUGGAUUUUAUUUCUUCCGAAGAGCAAAAGAACAUGGUAGAAGGUACCAAAAGAAGAAGGAGGUCUACAACGCUGGAUGUAGACGAAAUACUCUAUAUCACUGGAGACGAGAUAGCCAAGGACCUACGAAGAAUAUUAGAGGGAGAAGAUCUUGAUGUCUUCGUUGAAAAUAAUACACUCAAUGUAAAAGGUUCCAUGUUUACCAAAGGAGAUAAAAUCAAGGCCACUAUAAAUGGAGAUGAGUUUGUUGGGACUAUUAUCUCGAUGAGUGAGGAAGACAUUGUACUAAAAACAAAGCAUUACAAGAGACUCCGAAUAUUGUUGGAAGACAUGAGACUAGCAAAAUCUUCGAUUGUGGCGAUUGGUAGAACCAAUCAUUGA